ACAGUGUCGAUAACAAACUGUCAAUCAUUUUUGUUUUGAUCCGAGGAAUCGCGUCUACGCUCGUUUUGACGUCUUUGAAUUGUUUUGAUGUAACGACGUGUUUGAAGCAAUUUUAGGAGGCAAUAUUUGUUCCAAUUUAACAAUAUUAAAAUGAAAAGAUUCGACUACGGGAAACGCUUUAAAUCAAUGUUAAACCGUGAAAUCGCUUUGGAAAAGCACGAAAUUGCACUGAGCAAAUUAAGUUCUAAGUACCACGAAAAACUGGAAAACUUGGAAAUUCGUUAUGCGCAACAGAAAAAGAAAUUUUAUAACAUUAAACAAUGCAUACAACAGCGCCGACAAAAUUACGAUCAGUUAGAAGAGAUGAUAAAAUACUACUCGCAGUUGGUGGAAACAACCGAAAAUCGCCUAAGGUUACUUUUUUCACCGUUGGAUGAAAUACAUUCGUUAAAACUAGCCACCAAUACCUUCAUUAACUUGCGAGCUCUUCCUGAAAGAAUACAGGGUGUUUCAGUACGAACAACAAAAUAUAGUCCUAGCUGGAAUCCAUUCUGCGUUGAGCCUCUCAGUCAUACGCCAGAAGAGCUACAAAAGAUUAUAUGGGGUGAUUCAGAAAAUGCUGCAUCUUAUAGUGAAGCUUGGGAGCAAUUAGUAUUUCGUUCCGUACGCGAAAUGCUGCAAAAAAAGAGCUGAGCACCGAAGAAUUUCAAUAUUAGUUAAUUUUAUGAUAAUUUUCUGAUAAGAUAUUGUUAAGCUAAAUACAUAGGUAUAUUAAAGUAAUUUCGAAACUAUCCAAAUAUUUAACUAUAAAUCAGCUUUAUAAUUUUGGAAACAACAUAUAAAUUCAACAUUUUGUGCACAAGUUUUGUUUUAGAUGUUAUCUCUACAUUAAACUAAUAAACAUGUACAAUCUAAUAACAUCGUAAUAUUUUUCCAAUAGCGGUCACCGCUCUG